AUGAAUAAUGGUCAGGAAAAAAAAGCUAUAGAUUCAGGAAUGAGAUUAUAUUGGCAGAAUAUAUUUUCAUACAUUAAACAGGGUGAUAGAGAAAGCGCAGAGAGAAUAAUAGAUAAUCUUAUAAGUAGCAAUAAAUGGAAAUCUAAAGAAGUAUAUAACUGCUUAUUGAUUAUUGCUGUCACUCAAGGUGAUAUUCAAGUUGCUGAAUUUUGUAAAAAUCGCGGAGCGAACCUUGAUUAUGUAAGUGAUGAUGGAAGAACAUCACUCUGGCUUGCUAGAGAAAAUGGAAAAAAUCAAAUGGUUGAAACUCUUGAAAAAUGGGGUGCACGUGGAGACACUGAUCAGUAUUGUGGUAAAUCUCUUUCUAAUUUAAUAACGCUAGAUUAUCGUGACGAAAUAGAAGAUUUUUAUUACGGUACACUCUCUAGGUGCUUUGAGAAAGGUUUAAGCAAAGAAAAUUUAGCAAAAACAGUAGAGGAUUUUGUGCAAAACAAAGGGUACUAUAUUAAGGAAACAUACGGAGAAUUUCUCCUGUGCUCUGUUGCUAAACGUGAUAUCAAAAUUGCUGAGUUUUGCAAAGAAAGUGGAGCAGAUCUGAAUUAUAAAGGCUACUCUGGAAGAACGCCAUUGGAG